AUGUGGUCUGCGUGCUGCUGCAACAAUCCACAGGACAUUGGACCUGGAGCCUCCCAAGCUGAAGCAUACAGCUCGGCAGAUGAUGCGCGACAAGCUGAGGGUUCGUCACCCUUCCCAGCAGUGACCGGCGUCCAGGACGAUUUCCUCGAACAGGAGUUGGUGCAGCCGGCAGCGGUGGUGCAGAAGGAGCUUCCGAAUCUGCUGACAAAGUUUCGAGCGACCCUGGACAAAAGCGAAGGAUCCUUUGGAUUGUGUUUGGACUACGAAGAUGCAGAACUAGCUGGAACUGGAGCCGGUUUCAAGGACAGGUGUCUCGUCUUCAACGUGACCGGGGGCGCUGCCGCUGAGUGGAACAAGGGACAUCCGGACAAGGCUUUGCAGGUGGGAGAUUGCAUUGCUGCUGCCAACGGAGUCAAAGGCUCGUCCAAGGCAGUUUUCGAGUCCAUCCGCAAGGCGGACAAGGUGGAUCUGGAUGUGGAGAGGCCACAGGAGAUCACUGUGGCGGCUGGCAAGGGAGGGAGGCCUCUUGGCCUUCACCUCGCAUACGCGGACUCCAGCGUUGGGCUCAUCGUGAAACAGGUGAACGAAGGCCCUGUGAAGGAGUGGAACAAGGCGCACCCUUCUUCGUCUGUGGGCCCCGGAGACCGAAUUCUGGAAGUUAACGGAUGCAGAUCAGGAAUCCAGGAUAGGAUACCGGAGCUUGCGAGGUCACAAGACGAGAACGUUACGCUGCGUGUACUGAGUUGGCAGUGA